AUGGAAGAGCUGAAACUGGAAAGCUACGUACAAGGUGGUGGAGAUGGAGCUCUCCCUCAUGUAAUGUAUAACAUCAUCUACACCAAGGAAGUGGUGAUCCAUACUUGGUAUGGUUACUUGUUCCGUCUGGUUUCACCCUUGGCCACCAUCGCCGCGUUCGUCCUGUUUCAGUUAAGUGGUAAUAAAAAUGGUUACAACAGAGUCGAUGUUGUUACCACGUACAUCUUGUUGGUCGGGGCCUUCCUUCUUCUGGACAUGGCAUCGGUGUUGAGUACUCUGGGGUCGACCUGGGCAUGUAGUUUCCUGUGGACCAGAGGCUGGAGUAAUGCUGGUCUUGUCAUCCUGUCUCUUCGUCGGCGUGUCAAGGCUGCCGGCAGUAGAAGGUGGUCAGGCUCAAUUGGGCAGUUCAACUUGUUGCAUUUCUUCGAACGGAGGGAGUACAAGAUAAGAAGCAGAGUGGCCAAGAUGAUGGGUCUGGAGGAUUGGUGGAACAAAUGGCGUUGCUCUGAGACCCUAGUGAUUUCGCAGGAUGUCAAGGAGUUGGUGUUCAAACAUGUAUGGCAACUAGUGAAGAGGAUUCACCAUCCAAGUGCAGAAAAUGAGAUUUGCGAGAAUGGCAUGGUGGGGCUCAUGGGGAUGAUGCCACCUAUGAAUGAUUUGCCAGGCUUUCGUCCUGCACUAUGCAAUGAAACUGCCAAGAGGCGCGAGAGAUUAGACGAUGCUCUCAACUUUGAUGCCGAACUCCAAGAGGUGAUCCUUACCUGGCGCGUCUUCACAAAUGUUUUCCUCUUGUCCAUCGACACACCCAAGGAUGCGGCAUCAUCCACUUAUCUGAAGGCUGUCAAGGCCCUGUCAGAUUACAUGGUAUUCCUCGUAGCGGUACGUCCUGACAUGAUACCCGGUCUUGAACUACGCAGCAUGUACGAAUCAGCCGUCGAAGAUUUGAGGUGCAUAUGUUGUCCAUGGGGUAGCCACACUUCUUCCACAGAUAGCGUGAAGAGGCUUCUCAGCAUCAUGCAAGACCGCACGCACGAGGAUAUGGGAGAGGCGUGCGUCACUCUCUGGCAUGGGACUUUAUAUGCCAAGCUGAUGCUGGAACUUGUAGAUGCAGGCAGCGCUGAUAAGCCUGGCAUCAUAUCUUGUUACGAGGAUCGUGAUCAUGUCGCCAUGGAGAAACUGGAGCGCCUGAUGCCAGAUCUGGAACACUCAUGCAACGGAGCCGGAGGUGGUGUGUUUGAUAUGCCGAAGGCGUUGGCGCUCAUCUUGGAUGCAUGGGUGCGUCUUCUCGUCUUUGCUUCCGUCCAGUGCAGCAGGGAUGCCCAUGCCAGCCAGAUAAACCGCGGCGGGGAGCUUAUGACCGUUGUGUGGCUCAUGGAAGAACACGCCAACGUGUUUUUCAAGCAGCCCACUCCUGGUGGUAUUGAAUCUUUUCUGCUUCAGGCCCUCUGUUAA